AUGGGGCCAGAAGUGCGCGUCAACCAGAACCAAAGCGAGAGCUCAGGGCGAAGAGCUCAGCAAGCUCCCACCCGAGGAUCAGCAACAGUGCGCAGCCGGUUACCGUACGGUCACAGGGCGGACACACGGCACAAAUUCAGUUCCUGGCCUAAUUCUUCCUUGGCGGCAGUCGAUCGCUCCCCGAUUCUACGCCGGCGUUUCGUCUGGACCCACCGGGGUACCUGGUACCUGACGGGACGCGGGCGGGCCCGUAGUCGAGACCGGUACUGGGGACAACCGUGA